ACACCACCUCACCAGCAUCUUUGCUGUUUUGUUCUAUCGUGUCGUCUUCAUAGACUACCUCACUGUCCAUCCUCGUUCAAAAUGCACCACCCACGACGUCUCUCUUCUGAUGAUGCUCCUGUAUCUGCGUACAAAGAGCUCACGAUCCUUCCCCAGCCACUAGCGCCAGACGCCCUGCCCGUCGGCCAAUUGGUCUCCAAGAGCUCCAAGUUCAAUCCACCAACGUUGGAGGAUCGCGAUUACGACGAUGUCGGCUCACGCUGGUACAAAGACGUGAUUGUCUUCGACUCCAAAUCCGGUCGCUUUCUGCAGUCCCUCGGUGCCACCCACUUUAUCAAGAAGCCUGAGGAUGGAAACGAGGCUGGCACCAUCGAGGCUCCAGAGCAAUACGUCCGGCUGCUGAAAGAUCCAUCUGCUUCUUUGAAGAAGGCCCUCGAAUCCGACGAGGCCAAGCAGUGGUUGAAAGAGAACCCCGAAGCUGGGUUCGUGGUUGGCGCUCGCAUUGUCACAAACGCAAGCUACAGGCGUGCGGGCUUGAUAGACAGAGGAAACGAUAACUGGGAAGUGGUCAGAGAAGUCAGUGGAUUUAGCACUGACGGAAAGAGAAGGGACAGCGGCUUGGAGGUGCUGACAAACAGCAAGCACGACGUGGUUGGGGUCUCGGUCCGCAAAAUUCUUGCGCAAGGCGGUGGUGAAGCUACCUUGGGCGAGGAGUUGGACACCUCCUACUGGAAUUGA